AUGCCUCGCGAUCCGCUCAUUGGCCUGGUAGGCAAACCCUCGGCGGGCAAGAGCACAACGCUGAACAGCCUCACAGACGCUUCAUCCAAAGUCGGCAACUUUCCUUUCACAACCAUCGAUCCCCAGCGGGCGAUUGGCUACCUCCAAAUAGACUGCGCGUGCGCGCGGCACAAGGUCUCGGACCGCUGCAGACCCAACUACGGCGCGUGCGUCGACGGCCGCCGCUCCGUGCCGAUAGAACUCCUCGACGUGGCCGGCCUGGUGCCGGGGGCGCACCAGGGCCGCGGCCUAGGCAACAAGUUCCUUGACGACCUCCGCCACGCCGACGCCCUCAUCCACGUCGUCGACGCGUCCGGCACCGUCGACGCCGAGGGCAAGGAGACCAGGGGCUACGACCCUUCCGUCGACAUUGCCUGGCUGCGAAGCGAGAUCGUGGCCUGGAUCCUCGGCAACCUGAUGCAGAAGUGGCCGAGCGUGCGACGGCGGCACGUCGCCGUCAAGGCCACAGCCGCGGAAACCCUGCAGGGCCAGUUCUCCGGAUACGGCGCCACGUCCACCGUGGUCGGCCGCACGCUUGACCGCGCCGCCGUCAAGGAAGGCCUCGAGGAGUGGUCCGACGACACCGUCGCCCGCGUGGUCAACGCCUUUGUCGACGAAAAGUUCCCCACCGUCAUCGCCCUCAACAAGAUCGACCACCCGGACGCCGACAAGAACAUUGCCAAAAUCGCCAAGAUGCAGGACCCCGAGACCCUCGUCCUCUGCUCCGCCAUCUCCGAGAUCUUCCUCCGCAAGAUGGCCAAGCAGGGGUACGUACGGUACGUCGAGGGGAGCGACUUUGUCGACACGCGCGAGGAUCUCAUUGAGCAGGGGGACCCCGAGGGCGGCGGCCUCAAGGAGCUGGACGACAAGAAUCGGAACCGCAUAGAGAACCUCAAGGACAUGGUGCUGUAUCGCUUCGGGUCAACGGGCGUCGUGCAAGUCUUGACGAGGGCAGCCGAGAUGCUGGGCCUCGUGCCUGUGUUCCCGGUGCGGAAUACCGCGACGUUUAGCUCGGGGGCGUCCGAGUCCAAGUUCGUCUUUAGAGAUUGCGUGCUGGUCAAGAAGGGGUCGACAGUGGGUGACGUCGCCAAAAAGGUCAUGGGUGAUGCGCCGAUUGCCUAUGUCGAAGGGAUCGGGGGGCUGAGAGUUGCAGAGGACGAUCAUGUUGCUGUUGGGAAGAAUGAUAUUCUAUCAUUCAAGGUGGGUCGUGGCUAG